AUGUUCACAGGUUUAAUCGAACAUACAUCGACAGUAUCAAAGAUAAACGAUCCAUCGACAUCAAAUCAUGAUCAAACAAAAUUCGAACACGAUGUGGAUAAAGGGGGAUUUACAAUGACCAUUUCAGAUUCAGAAUCUAUUUUAGAUGAUUGUCAAAUAGGAGAUUCGAUUUGUGUUAAUGGUGCUUGUUUGACCGUUACUGAAUUCAAUAAAGAUUCAUUCGUCGUUGGAUUAGCUCCUGAGACUUUAUCAAGGACGAAUUUGGGUAAAUUGAAUAUCGGUGAUAAAGUUAAUUGUGAAAGAGCUAUGAGUGGUAAAACCAGAUUUGGUGGUCAUAUGGUUCAAGGCCACGUCGAUUCAACAGCUACUAUCAUCUCUCGUGUGCCAGAUGGCGAUUCAAUUCGAUACUCAUUCCAAUUCCCAUCUGAAACAACUUUACUUCCUUAUGUGAUCGAAAAAGGUUAUGUGACACUCGAUGGAGCUUCUUUGACAAUCACUUUUGUCGAUGACGCAAAAAGGUCAUUUGGGAUCAUGUUGAUCGCUCAUUCACAAGAAAAGUUGACUUUGACGAAUAAGAAAGAAGGCGACACAGUCAACGUAGAAGUUGAUUGUGUAGGUAAGUAUGUUCUGGGCAGUACGAGUAGGAUAGAAGGUUUGAUCGAAAGAGCUGUAGAGAAGAAAUUGAAGGAAAAGGGUUUGAUAUAG